AUGAUAAAGUUAGCUGCUACAAUCUACCAAAUUCCUGAAUCAAACUCGUUUAAACCUGCCACUGAUCUAGGACAUUCAGCCCAAGAGUGUAAAGAACUAAUUUCUCAAUUUCGAUACUAUGAUUCUAACAAAAAACCAUUUGACUUAUCUUAUAUUCAAGGACUUUUCAGCAUUUCACCUUCCCAAGCUAAUUGCGAAAGAAACUUUUCAACUCUUAAAUGGUUUAUUGGAGAUAAACAAACUUGUCUUGGAAUUGAAAAACUUGAAGGAAUGGCAAAAAUUAGGUUUUAUCAUAUGGCGAAUAUACGAAAUAAACUUACUUACUUUGAUACUGAGUUAACUGAAUCUGAACUACGUGAAAUGAUUAAAAUUGCAACAAUCGAUGAUUAUAUUACAAAUGAGAAGGAAUUAAGUGAAAAUAAUGAAGACGCAUAUGAAGAAAUCCCAAAUUUAUUAUCUCAAACUAAUAUAAUUUUAGAAGAUUUUGUAAAUUUGCGGGAUCCCAUCUUUCAAGAUAGAGAAAUCACACAGUUUGAAUUUUUUACUGAAAUUGCAGACUCCAAUAUUGAAGAUAACAUUGAUACAAACUUUAAUCCUGAGGAACUUGUUGAUAUGGUUUUAAGUAGUGAAUUAUAA